AUGAACUCAUAUCUUUCUUAUUAUCCACACUCUGCAGUGCUCAGUGAUGUUUCUCCAUCCACCAGUAUUCCUCCUCUGGUGGAGGGUCAGCUGAGAUGCUUUCUGAGGGUGACAGUCGCACUUGCCCUGGAAGUGUUAACAGAAGGAUAUGACAGCAGUAGUUCAGUACCCACGACUGAUAUGAGCCUCAACGCACAGGCUCCUGGCAUUACAACUGACCAGAACAUGCCUGUACUGCCAUCCCAGGAUCAGGCUCUCCCAAGUCUGAAGGAGACAGCUGGCAGCAGUUCUGGCCACAUACCUAGAGGGAAGGAUUACCUGUAUUUUCAAGAACAAGUCAUGCCAGAUUCUUCUACUGGAAAACCUAAACCUGCUUCUGCCCAAAUUCUUUCAGCAAAUACCCAAGCACCUGUUGACCUUUUGUCAGUUCUUCUGGAGCGUGGCAGCAAACUCAGAAAUGCCAUGGUGGUUGCAGCCUUAAAAUCUGAUGUGGAGUCAGAUGUUCCUCUGAAGGACAUUCUCCUCCCUCUCUCCACAGAUAACACUGACGUGUCGUUUGAAUUAGCAGCAGACAAGAAUGAUUUCUCCACCAAAAAGAGACCUGCAAAACGAAUGCUGAGUCCAACCAGACCUCUUUCUUCCCGUUUGACUGAAGAGCAUGAUGUACCAAAGGGUUUAUGUGUGAAUGACCACAGGAGAACCCCGUCUCCUUGUGCAGGUGUUCAUCAAGUCCAGAAUAUCCUGAUACCUCCAUCCAGAUCACGAUCCACAUCUCCACCCGUCAGAUACCAGAGCUGUCUUCAUGAACCUCUGCAGCAGGAAGUGGAGGAGACUAAGAUUUUGCUUCAUAUGUUGCUCAUGGUGCCCGAUGGGAAAGAUUUUAAUUGUGCACCCAUGCAGCCCAACGUCUACUUGAACUGUAAGCUCCUCAGAUCCGAUGAAACGGCUCGAUCACCAGUGAGCUGGAGUCAGAAACAUCCAACAUUCGGCUUUAUUCAGAUGGCUCCGGUCGCACUGACCAGCAAAAUGUUGGAGAGAAUGAAGAACAACAUGACGGUCAUUGAAGUUUGGUUGAGGGCCAGUAACUCAGACCAUGAUAAACUUCUUGGUUUGGUAAAACUACCUCUCCACCAGUUCUACAUGUCCUUCAGGCAGUUGCAGGAAGGAGUACUGGAUGUAACAGUCAGCUUCUCCCCACACUGUGGACUGCAGAGGCGUCAGACCCUUCACUCUCUCUACUCGGACCACAAAGACAUGCUCACGCAGAACAUCCACAGUGGGCUGCUUGAAGUGAGUGUUCAGUACAAGUCUCGACCAAUGAGGAGUGUGGGAGUGAAGAGUGGGGUUGUGCCGUCCCGCAGAGUGAUACUUGUUGUGCAGGUGCACAGAGCAGCCGGGCUGCAAGCUGCAGCCAAAGCUCUUGCAGAUACGGAUAACGCACUGCAGUAUUACUCUGAAGUGGGGCUUAACACUUUCAUCACCAUGCAGUUGUCAUUCCUGCCGGACAGCGAGGUUCGAAGCACGUGUGUGGCGGCCAGAAGUUUCUGCCCAGAGUUUGAACAUCACGCAGAGUUCUGCUGUAACCUGCUGGUGCAGAGAGACAGCGGGGAGAGCGUCAGUCUGGCUGAACUCCUGCAAGAGGCAGUGGCUGUCUUCACCAUAAACAACAGAGACACACACAAAAUGGCUGAUACAACAAGUUCAAAGGACACUGUCUUGGGCACUGUGAAAAUUAAACUUGCGGAUCUGAUUCAUAAAAGAAGUGGCAUAUCUGGCUGGUACAAUCUCUCUCUACCUCAGAGCACAACAUCAUCUCACAGUCUGACCUCAGCAGGAGGGCUUGAAGUCUCCAUUAGUUUUUCUCAUCGUGCAGAUAAAGAGCGAGUUAUCAGUUCAGCCCAUGGACUGGGAUGGGAUGUGGGGCAAAACAGUGAAGAUGAGGUAGAUAUAGAGGACGAAGAUACUUUGGAAGCAGGCGCAAAGUCUCUGGCAUUAUCACUUUCCAUGCCUAGAGCAUGGCUGCCUGUCCAUUGCCUGCUGCUGCCAGGACAUGAAGACUUGUAGCGUUCCACCUACUGCUACUACAGAUACAAAUUGUACAACCAGCAGACCGUCUGCUCUGAACUUUGACAUCCCGUUCCAGACGAGUGUGAGGGAGGAGAAGGUUUAGCCACGGUGGCAUUUCAGGGGAGUAGAAGCGUGGUGCUGAGGAGGACUCAACCCCUGCUCUGGUACCUGAGGGAGGAGAAGCUGGAGGUGCAGAUGUGGGUGGCUUUUGGGAAGGAGAAGAGAGUCCGGCCUCAUAACGCUGACCGUCUGGUGGGCUCUGCAUUUGUGGAUCUCUCUGCUCUUGCUGGGACUUUGAAGCACCAUCAAACAAUCAGUGGCGUGUAUCCUCUGUUCAAGCGCUCUGCUGUAAACCUGAGUGCUGCUGCUCUCAGAGUCCAUAUCACUGUCACAACAGACUCUGUACCACAUGAGCCUCAAUCCACUGAGGAGCUCAACGACUCAGUAGAAGAUGAGAAGGAUGGAGGCCUCCCCACCACAGCGCUGUCUAGACCAUCUCAAUCCCCCAGCAGACAGCUGAUCAAAUCAGCCGUGAGCACUGAUGCUCCACCAUCCAAAGAAAUCAGCAACGAUGACACCUUCAUAGCCAACAUUACUGUGGACAGAGCCAUGCAUCUGAGCCUGAAGGGUUGUCCUCUUGCUGAGCGCGGUGGUGGAUUGCCUAGUUGCUGUGUUUCUUAUGCCACCGCCGAUGCCCCGGGCAUGGUGGCCACAGCACUGAUCAAAGACAUUGACUGCCCUGUGUGGGACCACCAGCAAGAAUACUGUCGAAAAGAGCUACUUUUGGAUCCCCAGCAGUCCUUGGUUUUCAAAGUUUGGCAUGAAGGAGAGGUUGAGCGGGUGAUUGGAUUUGUGUCUGUAGACCUAUCACCACUUCUGUCAGGAUUUCAGUCAGUUUGUGGCUGGUAUAACAUCACUGAUUUUAGCGGGCAGUGUCAAGGGCAGCUGAAGGUGUCUGUGUCUCCUCUGAGGGCAGUACAGGAACUCCGGGCACAGAGACUGCCGGCCCACGAGGCCGUUGCUCCAGAUUCAAGUGCUCUCUUUAGUGCACUUCCACUUUGCUAUCAAACGGCGUGUAGCGUCUGGAACACUCCAACACACAAUAUAUACUGGAUGAAAGGAGAAGAAUUCUCAUGA